AUGUGGAUUGUGGAAAUAUUUUCUUUACAAAUGAUGCAAUGUCGUAACGCAUAUUCCGCUUACGGUUUAUAUAAUUUUAAUUGCAAACACAUUUGUUCGUGUAUUGGUAUAAUAACGACAUAUAUGGUUAUCAUGAUCCAAGUAACCGAUUCAAUAAAAAAGGAUGAUAAAUCACUGCAAUAUAUAAAGAUUAAAUUUGCUCAAUUGAAUGCUAUACUUCAAAGUAUGCUGACAACAACUAUCGAUUCUCCACAACAUAAGAGAGUGCUUCGAAUGAAGGAUAACUGGGAAAAUGAUUCUUCGUUAUCUACUAUUUAUCGAAUGUACAAAGCGAAUGAAAACCUUGUGAAAUUAAAAAGGAUCAAACAAAUCCAUUUGGAAUUGAUGAAAUGUGCCAGAAUCAUAAUGGAGGCUUAUGGAAUACCAAUUAUUAUGUCUAUGACUAUAUCUAUUAUAUUUACAAUUAUGCUUUUAUACUAUAUUCUUUACGAAUUGUACGAACCUUCGACCAGCAAGGAAUUUCGUGAUGAGAUACGUAAUUUUAUAUUUCAACUAACUCAAAAUCGUUUAACGUUUACCGCUUGUGGUUUCUACGAUCUAAAUCAUACAUUUAUAUAUAGUGCGAUAGGUUGGAUUACUACCUAUCUCGUUAUUCUUAUUCAAGUCGGAGAUAAACCUAAACUAUUCAAGAAUGUAAACAAUAAUUCAACGUUGUGA